AUGACCAAGGCAAGAGCAAUGAGAGGCACUACUGUCAAGCCUGAGCCUGGCAAUUUUCACAACAACACUUCUCCUACACCUUCCGUGACCAAUACAUACGACCCAUCGCCGGAGCAGAAUCAACACCAAUCCCGCUCUUUUGCUGGACCUACCGACGUCAACCAGUCCUUCAUGAGAUCGGACGCCCCCACACCUUCCAUCAUUUCAGGCCUGAUACCCACGCCUCACGGCGCUCGCACCGCCCGAACUGCUCUUACGAACCCAACGUUCGAUGGAAGCGAGCCAGUCCUCCUCCAGGUUAGAAACCGCGACAUGGAUCCGCCUAUCGUUCCCCCACAGAACGACUCUUUUCUCGAUGGCUCUUUUCGUGACAUCGGCGCCAAGGUGAAGAUAUUCAACGAUACCCUCGGAGAAUUACAACAGCUUGGCGUCUCCCACGAUGUCGCACUUCCCCAGCUCGUUCUUGUUGGCGACCAGUCGGCCGGAAAGUCCAGCCUGAUGUCUGGUCUUGCCGGGCUCAACCUCCCUCGAAGCGAGGGCGUUUGCACCAGAUGCCCCAUCCACAUUCGUGUCUCUCGAAGUGGACCUCGAGACCGUGGCGGUCCUCAGUGGUCCUGCCGCGUGUCUCUGCAACAAGACUACGCAUUCCGACCUCCUCCUAACCACUACAUCACGAAGGCCGACGUCACUCCGGAGAAUCCGUUCCCACCUUGGGUGAAGCAAGCGCGAGUCGUCAAGGAGUUCAUGACUAUCUAUGAUCAGUCCGACAUUGAUACGGUCUUAAAGUGGGCUCAAAUCGCUAUUCUUAACCACGGUCAGAACCACGAAUUAUACGUUCCCGGCACAGGCGCUAUUACUAAGCAGUGCUUGCUGGACGAAGAGGCCGAGAGGACUCUCGCCAAAUUCAGCCCCAACACCGUGGCGUUGGAGAUCAAGGGUCCGGAUUUGCCUGACCUUUCUUUCUACGACAUGCCAGGCAUCUUUCGCAACUCGGCACGCGAGGAAGAUGAAUACCUGGUGUCUGUCGUGGAGAACUUGGCGCGUGAGUACAUCUCGCACUCUGAAGCCCUCAUCAUCUGGGCUGUGCCAAUGAACGUCGACCCUGAGACGUCGUCGACUCUGUCCAUCAUUCGCGAACUUCACGCUCAGCAGCGAACUAUUGGGGUAAUGACUAAGGCGGACCUUCUACCUGAGGGCAAUAUUAGUCAGUGGCUGUCGAUGCUCCGCGGAGAGCGACACAAGAUUGGUCACGAGUUCUUCAUCACGUCUCGGCCUUCGGAACAGAAGCUCGACGAGCAACAGCGAUGGGAAGUGGCUCUCUUCCAUGAAGAUGCAAGCGAACGCUGGCCAAAGGAGUUCCAUGAAUUUCGCGAGCGAUGCGGAGUCGAGAAUCUCAAAAUAGCUCUCUCUGAGAAGUUAGGCAAGGAGUUCGCUAAGAAUUUGCCUUCAAUCAAGCACAAGGUGCAAACGAGACUUAGUGAGAUCGAGGCAGAGCUCAGCACACUCCCCGAGUUGCCCAACAAUGUCGAGUUAGAGGUCAAAAAAAGUCUGAUGAAUUUCACCUCCAUUGUUAAAGAUACUCUUCGCGGAAGAAAAUUUUCCUCUAACUACGGAUCUCUUUCGGACAGCUUCCGCGACUGCAUUUUGCAGAUGAAGCCGAAAUUUAUCUUAAAAGACAAGUCAGACAUACCUGUUCUGGAAAUCUCUGACGAUGAGGAUGACAAUUCGUUUGUUACCCCUUCGAACAGAAAGCGAGGCGGCGCCUACGGACAGAAUCAGUCAGCUGCCAAACGAGCCCGACCGACCGCCGGUGGUGGCUCCUUCUCAAAUGCCGUCUCAAAUGCCAUCAAGACGGAAGAUAAUGGUUCGAGACCAUCGACGCCCCCUCGCCGAAGACCGACCCAGCUGUUGCCUCUCGCCCUGCCGUUUCAACGGUACGCCAACUCUGGCGCUGGAUUCCGGACACUGGCGCAGAUCCGCGAGGAUAUCAGAGCCAAGACUAAGGCAGGCAUGCCUAGUAUUGUUCCUGAUGAGGUCUAUGAAGAUCUAUGCAAACAAGCCGUCAAGGCGUGGAAUCAGCCAAUGGAGACUUUCUUACAAGAGACCAUGAGUUGCCUGCAAAGAAUUAUUGACUAUGCCCUCAGUCAGGCUUUUGGUGCCUUGAUGAAGCGAUUGAUCUUUAAGCAGUCGACCAACCUCAUGAACGAGUUCCUGAGAGAACGUCGAAGCGAGACCAUGUCCUUUCUUAAGGCUAUCUACGACAUGGAGACGUUUCAACUCUUCACAGUCAACCAGAAGGCAUUUGCGGACUACGAGCGAUCUGAGAGUCGGGUGCUCACGCGUUAUCGCCACGUUAUGCGCUGGCAGGCGUUCUCGGGAGAUGCCUUUGAGUUCCAUGAUUGGGACCAGAUGACGCCUGAACAGCGAACGAAUGAGCAGCGGAAGCAUAACAUCGAGCUCGGUAAGAUGGGACCAGACACCUUUGAUAAGGAGCUGAAGGUGGCUGCCUACGUCCGGGGUUACUAUAUGUUGUCUGCUCUACGCUUUGCCGACACGGUCUGUCUGUCGGUCACAUCUCGUAUGAUGCCAAAGAUCGUCCAGGAUCUCGACUUUUUCCUUGAAGAGAACCUCGGCCUCAUCGGUGGCCGUGACGAGACUGUGUUCACUCGCCUGAUGGAGGAGGAUGAGGCAACCGCUCGCAAAAGAGAGCAGCUGAAGAACGAACUGGAGAAGUUCAAGAAGGCACUCGACUCGAUCACAACCAACGAGUUGGAGGGUGCUUUCGGUUCGUCUUCCCAGGGCAACGCGUCCGAGGCGUACGGCGAAUCUUUUGCUAAUAGUAUGGAUAUCGAUGGUGGCUGUUGA